AUGAACAUGGGGGAUGAUCAACGACCAUGGGCUGAUAUAUGUUUAGAGCUAUUGGAUUCCAUCUACGGGAGACUCCCAUCCCACGUCGAUGGUACUCAUUUUGGCAGUGUAUGCAAAAACUGGAACCAAGUCCACACUCAAGUUGCCCUUUCCAGCCCCCGGCCUGUGUUGAUCGGCCAUGUAAAAUUGUCCAGCUCGGACGUCAUCCAAGUGCGGGAGGGUAAGCGGCUUGUCCUCCAGCGACGUCGUGAAUCACAAAUCCCAUAUCAGCUUGCAGAUGUAGACAUAAGGAUCCUUGGGAUGGCGGGAGCGUGGUUGCUUAUAAUAGUGCGUGACGCUUUCUUAAGCUGUUACAAUCCUCUACUCAGGAGUCCCGCAAACUACAUCAGCCUUCCAACCCCAAGUUGGCGUUUUUCUAACUACGACAACCAUUAUAGACCGGGCACAGAACUCAAAUUUGCUUUCUCAUCACUACCCACUGCUCUCAACUCGACGAUCCUCGUGGUGUUUGGAGACUGCUAUUUCACCAUGUUUCGUCGUGGAAGAAAUGAUGAAUUUGAGCAAAAAACGUAUGAUUUCUCCUUGGGUGGGAAGAAAGGACAAACAUGCAUUGGCGUGGGCUAUGAAGAUGAUAGAUUCUUUUGUUUAUUUGAAAUGGGGGAUAUGUUGAUUUUCAGUAUCGACAAGAAUGAUACAAGAAUGUUGUUGGCGGCAACUAAGUCUCUGCUUCCCGACCAACUCUCGCGAUGGGACAGUCUGCUUGUUGUGGCGGUGGUGGUAACAAAAAAAAUUGCGGCUUCAAAUGAUCGAUACCAUGAGGCAGGAGAUCAGGUGAUAGGGUUUAGGAUGGUCACUCAUUGGCAGCGAGAUCGUGAGGGGAGCUUCCAGCUAGUGACAGUGAAGAAAAAUGCUCUGACGACAAACGAUCAAUUAUUGAAGAAUAACAAUGGUAAUGACAAAGAGGGAAAUAGCAGAUCAACAAAAGUGAUUUUAGUGAAAGAUCGGUUGCCAUUGAAGAGAACUUUCGACAUAUAUUAUAUGAACAUACUGUUUGUUCUUCCUAGCAUACUUGCCUAUUUUUUUCUUGCUUUGAUAGUUAGAAGGUGUGGUUCUAACCGGUAA